GUGCUCGCUGAGUCCAAUCCUGGCCGAUGGGGCUUCCUCUGGCGUUGGUUUGAUGAGAUCUACCUCCUCCUGGAUUUGCUGCUCCAGCAGCACUAUCUGUCGAGGUGCAGCGCCUCCUUUUCCGAAAACUUCUACAGCUUGAAGAGGAUACCGACAGGAGACGGCAGAUGGCAGCCUCUAGCCACUGCUGGCCUGCCAAAGAGGCAGCACUGCAAGUCUCUCCUCUUGCUGGUUCUUGUUCCUUACCUGAAAGGAAAGCUGGAGAAACUGGUGUCCAGCCUGAGGGAAGAGGACGAGUACUCCAUCCACCCUCCGUCGUCAUCCUGGAAGCGCUUUUACAGAGCCUUCCUAGCUGCCUACCCCUUUGUAAACAUGACCUGGGAGGGCUGGUUCCUUAUCCAGCAGCUGUGCUACAUCCUGGGGAAAGCUCAGCACCAUUCCCCCAUGCUGCGGCUGGCUGGCGUUCGCCUUGUCAGGCUAACCGCAGAGGAUAUCCAGGCCCUGGAAAAGCCGUUGCCUGGGGCCACCCCAAGUCAAACAACGAG